AUGGUUAAGAAAAGUGCUUAUGGGAUUGUCGUCAUGCUGGCUAAUCUCAGUGGAACAGACUUGUUGAUCCUUGCAGUGUGCAGUUCUACCCGGGCGGUCACUUAUCACAAUCGGACAUGGACACUUGGACGUUUCGUCUGCCGGACAGCAGAGUGGUUCCAGCACGGCUGUUUGGCAGCAAAAUCUCUCACACUGGCAACCAUGAGCCGAGCGCGAUAUCAGUUUGAUUGUGAUUCUCACCUCAAGCUAAAGAGAGUUCUCAUUUCUGUUGGCUGUGUAUGGGUUUUUGCGUUGGCGCUACCAGUCUUCGAGGUGGUUUUUUCUAAGUUGCAGGUGAAGGGCAACUUCAGUCUGUGCGUCACCGAGUUACCGAGUCACUCCUCUGACUUCAUGCACGUGUACAGUAAAAUAUACGCUCUGGUGGUCUACGCCUUCCCGAUCAUGUUUUCCGCCGUGUGCCAUGUGCGUGCCAUCUUUCGAAUCACACGUGGGCACGGGGCGCGCGCGGCGGGCAGGACUGAAAGCCGCCUGGCGCUGCUGAGUGUCACUGCAGUUAACGCGAUUCUGCUGCUGCCCGAGUGGACAAUAUGGCUCUUCGUGCGCCACCGUCCCCGCGAGACCUGCGAGCCCCCACCCGCACUGCUCAUCCUCGCUCAGGCGUGCACGUACCUGACCAGCGCAUCGUCUCCUGCCAUCCUCCUCACCAUGCUUGUGCCUCUCAGAGACAGCCUGAGCUGGCUGAUGUGUCGGGGAGCAUCAUGGGAAGGGAAAACGGAGCGGAGCGCAAUGGCUGUCGGUGCGCUGGACGAUGGCAUGAUGAUACACACUGACGCGCUCGGCAGACCUCUGCCUGAUGUCGAGCAUUUUUGGACCAGUCGGCGGAACACUGUAGUUCCAGACAACACCAACCCGUUUCCCUGGGAAGGACUGGAGCACUGCCAUGCUGAGCUCUGA